UCAGGGAAGGACAAGGAUGCCAUUGAUAAAGUCUUCAAGAACCUGGAUGACAACGGUGAUGCCCAAGUGGACUUUAAAGAAUUUGUCAUCUUUGUGGCAGCAGCUCUGACUUCCUGCUGCCACAAAUAUUUUGAGCAGAAAGCAGCCAAAUAA